CAAGGGCAAGCAAAAAUCAUUCGUUUCGAGAGACAAGCAGAAGAAUUCCUCAAUGCAGUCUUUUAUAGAAAAGACAGUCCCUGGGUCUCUGACCCCAAUAUUCCCCUAGUGGCCCGUGAGAUCAUGCAGCGAAUGAUCCAACAAUUUGCUGCUGAAUAUACCUCAAAAAAUAGCUCUACUCAGGACCCCAGCCAGCCCAAUAGCACAAAGAACCAAAGCCUGCCGAAAGCGUCUCCAGUUACCACCUCUCCCACGGCUGCAACUACUCAGAACCCUGUACUCAGCAAACUUCUCAUGGCUGACCAAGACUCACCUCUGGACCUUACUGUCAGAAAGUCUCAGUCAGAACCUAGUGAACAAGACGGUGUCCUUGAUUUGUCCACUAAGAAAAGUCCAUGUGCUGGCAACACUUCCCUCAGCCAUUCUCCAGGUUGCUCCAAUACUCAAGGGAACGGUGAGGACCCAGCAGAGACCAUAACAGUAGAUUCUAACAAUCAGCCGAAGUCACCACUGGAAAAGUUUAUGGUCAGAUUGUGUACCCAUCAUCAGAAGCAGUUCAUUCGUGUUCUAAACGACCUCUACACAGAAGUGCAGCCAGGGACUGAAGGCCAGCGAUUUCCUGAUUCUGAAACGAUGGAUCUUUCUACUUGCAGUCCUGGGUGUGGUCAGCUAAGCACUGAAAACCAGGAAAAGGGAACUAUUUGUUUUGACCUGAAGUCCCCUUCUGCAGAUUUACUCGUAGACCGAACAGCAUGUCAAGGGUCCCCUUGUUUUACAGGGCCAACCCUGAAGGAGCCUGCUGAAAUGAAAUCCUUAGACAGAAAAGAGAAUUCUUUCACUGUUAUCAAAAAAGAUUCUUCUGAACUUCCAACUACUAAAGCCAAUUCUGGUGGUCCAAAGGAUAGUUCUACUCUUGGAUACCUCACUGCAUCUAAUUCUUCCUCAUUUAACUCCCACCAUGUUUCUAAAUGCCCAGAAGGGCAAACUACUGGACAAGAGAGUGACGUUAGUGUUAAAAAAUCUGAGGAUGAAAAAGACCAGAUACAAAGCACAGCGUUAGUAGAAGGUUUUAUUGCUGUAAAAGUGGCAAAUGUGAAUAGUACUGAGGAUGGAGACAGUUGUAUGGUUUCUCAAAAGAACUUAUUCAGAGCUUUACCAGAAGAGACUUGGGACUCAGGGUUUAUGGGAAGCUCACCUAGAACUGCUGACAAAGAGAAUGCUUUACAAUGUAGCUCAAAAUCAUCUUUGCACCAGGAUUUAGAGGAAAAUGAACAAGAUACAAGGCCAAAGCAGGAAAAUCAUCUCCACAUGCUAGGAAGGAAUAAGGCAGGCUGCCAUUUACAUCCUGGUGACAAGGGCCAAUUUGAUAAUUCCAAAGAUGUUUGGUUAUCACCAAGCUCUAUGCCAGGUCUACACAAAACAUCCAUUGGACAUUCACGAACAAAAAUUAUAUCAGCCUCCAUUAAAACAGCUCGGAAAAGUAAAAGAACUUCAGGUUUGAGAAUUAACGAUUAUGAUAACCAGUAUGAUGUUGUCUAUAUCAGCCAACCCAUAACUGAGUGCCACUUUGAGAGUCAGAGAUCAAUAUUAUCUUCUCGGAAGACAGCAAGAAAGAGCACUCGAGGAUAUCUUUUUAAUGGAGACUGUUGUGAACUACCAACUGUCCGCACAUUGGCUAGAACACGAGGUGAGGACAGAAGCAGCUACUCAGCUCUGCAAACAGAGGCCUCAGGCACUUCCAAACAGGCCCAGACAAUUUCAGACAAUGGAUCCACAGGAGAUAUAGAGAUCCUUGGAGAAGACCCUGAAGGACACAGUGAGGAAAGAAUUCCUCUCAAGGAAGUGUUCCAAGACUCUGCAUCAAAAAAUGACUCUGAGGAGUCUGAAGCUUAUUCUGCUAUUGAUGACACUGAAGUACAAACUGAACCCAAUCAAGUCAGUUUUCUGAGUUCUGAAGAAACUACAACUGCAAAGUCUCCUCUUUCUCUUGUCCGUAAAGAGAAGGUACUAGAAGGCAAUUCUGAUACCAUAGAAAAUGGCUCACCUUUGCAUAUGGGGGACCAAUUACAAACUGAACUAUUAGGCAAUAGUGAGGUGAGUGUUCCAACCCUGGAAAUGGAUAGCUGCACUGACCACUCUCCUGAGAGCAUUCUUGAAGAGAAUAGUGACACUAUUAGUGCCUCAAGGCCUCAUUCUCCUUCUGAAACUCUUACCAGAGAGGAAAGUCUUGUUUGCUCUAAAAAUCAGGCUUCCCCUGGUGACUUGAAUCUGGAUCCCCUUGCAGAUUUGGAAAGUGUUGAUAGAAAUCAAAGCAUUAAUAUUGAAACUAAAAUUGAAAACCCUCAAGAGCAAGAUGAAAAUCAACACAAACAAGUUGAAGUUGUGCAUACUAAUAUAAAUCUUGAUGAAGUUGAGGAAAGUGAGGCAACAGAUGAUACAAAUAAACUAGAGAAUGAAGAGCAAAGUGAUGAUAAACAGUCUUCAGAAACAGAGGAUUGUGAUCAAAAUAUUCAUUCAGAAGAGAAUUCAGACAAGAAGAAAAAGAAAGGUAAAAAAGCCCUUGUGGCCUCUGAUAGGUGCUUAAGAAGUCAACUUUCAGAUACACCAACUGCUUUCCAGCUUCCUUGUCUUCAAAUCAAGGUUUCUAAAAGUCCUGGUGCAAAACGUCCUAAGAGAGAAGUGUACCUAGACGGAGCAGCCUCUGUACAUUUCCCAACUGAUUGCUUCCAUAAAACACUGUUGAAGAAUAUUGGAAAUACAAACACCGAUGAGAAGGAUCUUGAGCAAAAGGACGGUGAAGGGAAUGGAAUAACCACCAGACAGACUUUUAAAAGUGUGAUAGCAAAAGAAGUCAGAGUUACCAGAGGAGAAGAAACUUCAUCUCAAAGUAAUAACCCCAUCAUCACAACUAACCUGGACCCACAAGGAGAGAGGCUUGCCAUCUGUGAACAGACUAAUUCUGCCACUGGAAAUGUUCACCUUCUUGCAGAAAGCAGUCCCUGUAAGGAGGACACAAAACAAUCAGAAAAAGAAUCUGUGAGCAACCCUGCAAAAGAUUUAGAGGGAGUUGUCAAUGUGGUAGACAGCGAAAAUAUAAAACUUAGUGAUAAGCCAUCUAGUCUGUGUGCAUUACCAAGUGACAGAGGGGAAAGCAAUGGUACAACCCUAAAAUCAUCCAUGAAACAGAAAAGGCUCACCUCUCCCACCUAUAACCUAAGACAUGCUCAUACAGUGGACUCUUCAGAUACUGUUAAACCUACUGCAGGAAAGGAUGUUGUGCUGGUAAAUUCAGUGCCAGAAGAAAACCAAGCUUCAGACACUGAUGAUUCCAUGGAAUUGAAAGAUAUGGACACGCUGGUGGAUGAUCAGCCAAAGUUUGUGGAAUGGUGUGCUGAAGAAGAGAAUCAGGAACUCAUUGCGGACUUCAAUGCCCAGUACCUUAGAGUUCAGAAAGGCUGGAUCCAGCUAGAGAAAGAAACCCAGCCCACACCGAAGGUGAAGAAUAAGUCAGACAAACUGAAAGAGAUCUGGAAAAGUAAGAAAAGAUCACGCAAAUGUAAGGGCCCAUUAGAAGUUCAGAAGCUUUCCCCUGUUCAGAUGCUAUUCAUGAAGCCUUUUAAACUGUCUAAUGUUUGUCAGUGGUUCUUAGAGACAACUGAAACAAAAUCACUUGUAAUUGUGAAGAAACUCAAUACUCGUCUCCCAGGAGAUGUACCCCCAAUCAAAAGCCCCCUCCAGAAAACUUCCUCUUCCAAUCAGUAUCCUAGUUCACAGCAGGCUGAGCGCUUGAAAAAACACUUAAAAAAAUUUCCUGGGGCCACACCUGCUAGAAAUAAUUGGAAAACUCAAAAACUCUGGGCCAAGCUCCGAGAAAAUGCUGAUAAAAUGGAGUCACCGGAGUCUACCACUGUCAGCCUUGGAUCUCACUCUGAAGCCAGUUUGGAGUCCAAGGAAGAAAGAACUAGCCAGCCUUCUUCUAACUUGCCUACACCAGCAAGCACUCGAAUCUUAAGAAAAUAUUCUAAUAUUAGAGGAAAGCUCCGAGCCCAACAACGUUCAAUAAAGAAUCAGAAGACAGAAAGUUCAUUUGAUCUCCCUAUAGAAAAUAAACAGAAUCGGAAAAGUGUUUGCAUUAACCCUUUAAUGUCUCCUAAGCUUGCUUUGCAAGUCAGUACAGAUGGAUUUCCUGGGAAGUCUUCAAGUGCUGAAGGAUCCCGAGGAAGGAAAGGGAAGUCUGAUUUCUUACCUAAAGUAGAAGGUCAACAGAACAAAAAGAAGAAAACAUCCAGUGAGAGCAGCAGCCUGCAAGACAGUGCUACUUCCUCUAGCAAGGACCGAUUGCAAGUAAAGAAAGCCAGUAAAGCAAAACAUUUAGAAACAUCCUCCAAAGCUCCUGCUAACAAGAAAAGGCCUUCAUCAGAUAAGACUAACAAGCUGGCCAAAAAGACAUCCUUGAAAGAGAAAAAGAGUAAGAAAGUCACAGACAAGGCUUCAGGAAAGAGCCACCUUCCCCUCCGGAAAGGAAAAGAGAAUACUCAUAAAAAGCCUCCCCAAACCCAACCCAACCCUCGAGAGAAACUCUCCAAAUCUCCAAAGCAGAAAGUUGCUGGUGAGACCCCUUCCAGACCACAAAAAUCUUCUCACAAAAAGCAGAAUAGUGGAAAAACCAAGAAUAACAAAUCAUCCAUGAAGAAAACCCAGGAAAGCAUCAUGGCCCAGAGAAAACGAAAGCUUCGGGCAAAACUGGACUAUUCCCAUAGCAAGAGAAGACGCCUGGAGGCCAAGUGACAAAGAAUGGGAGCCAGUUUUAAGCUGUUCUAUGACAGCAACCCUUUAUUUUGCAUUAACUCAACCUCUGCUUUUAUAAGCUGUAGCAAGCCUUUAAAAUCUGCAGUUAAAGGAAACCACCCACAAUUUUAGGCAUCAGAAAACAAUGUCUGAGAUGGAGAAAGGAACUUACUUUCUCCUCUAUAGCUGAGAAAGAGAGUUAUUAAUUACUUUCUGAAUGUUCCUUGGAUUUUAAACUUGGAACCAGGCAGUUUUAGUUUAAAAGUACAGUGCCUUAUUUAUCCUUUUUUUUUUAAAUAAAAAAAAAGCUAAUCUGUAUGAUUAAAGGCUUGCAUUUUAUACUUGAUGCACAAGCACUUGUACUGUAGCAGAAAUGACUACCAUCAAGCCCCUGAAGUAGUUUUCCAGCAGCCUUUCAGUGGUGUCUCUGUUUGAACAUUUGUUCCUCUUUGAAAACCUCUUGGUGUUCCUUCCCUCCCACUCUUUUUUGGGUUAUAAUUUUACCUCUGUGGUAAAGCAGAACCAAAAUCGUUUUGGAUGGUGUGAAGACUCUAGGGGGAGGGGUCUGUUGCC